GCGGGCCGAGGCGUGCUCAGUCAUGGCGACGGCGGCGGCUCCGCAGGACCUGCCCCGGCAGGAGCGGGACGGGGAGGUGCGGGGCCUCUCCGACGCCGCCGCCUUCGCCCUCUGCUCCGACCCCGACCCCAGCACCAAGGAUUUCCUCUUGCAGCAGACAAUGUUAAGAAUAAAGGAUCCGAAGAAAUCGCUGGAUUUCUACACGAGAGUUCUCGGAAUGACACUUCUCCAGAAAUUUGAUUUUCCCACUAUGAAGUUUUCGCUUUAUUUUCUGGCAUUUGAGGAUAAAAACGAGAUCCCCAAAGACAAAAAUGAGCGAACGGCAUGGACUUUUUCCAGGAAAGCAACGCUUGAGUUAACCCAUAACUGGGGCACCGAAAAAGACGAAAAUCAGGCUUACCACAACAGUAACUCCGACCCUCGAGGAUUUGGUCACAUUGGGAUUGCUGUUCCUGACGUACAAAGUGCUUGCAAAAGAUUUGAGGACCUUGGAGUAAAAUUUGUGAAGAAACCAGAUGAUGGAAAAAUGAAAGGCCUGGCAUUUAUUCAGGAUCCCGAUGGCUACUGGAUCGAAAUUCUGAAUCCUAACUCCAUGAUCACCCUGACUUAAGUUUUGUGAGGCUCAGAGAUGGAAUAUUACGUGAAUUUACACAAUUGGGGGAAAUAGGUCUCAUACAGUCAUGAAGUUUACCCAAAGUGAAUUCGGCUACCCUCUUGGAACCCCGCCUGGCUAAUUUACUGAUUUUUCCACCUACUGCUUCUCUCAUUCUAAGUGAGCCUAGUUCAUCAGUCAAUCAGUGGUAUGUAUUGAGUGCUUUCUGUGUGCAAAGCCUGUACUAAGCGCUUGGGAGAGUCCAAUCUAACAGUCUGUAGACACGUUCCCCACCCACCGCGAGCUAACAGAUGAGUCCACAGAGGUCAUCGUAAGUGGUGCUUCUCACUACCCCGAAAGGGAGGCUGGCUUUUCGAGGAUAUAGCCAUUACUGCGUAGUUAAGCUGCUUUUCCUUUUAUCAAUCAAUGGUCGUGAUUGAGCACAGCACUGUAGGUAGUAAUUAGUCCCCUUUCCACUCCAAGAUUGAUUUCUUUUGAAUCUUGUUCCUCAAAGAGACCAUUUCUUUUUUAUGUCCUGCCUCUGAACCUUUCAUUAACAGGCUUUUAUUCUUUCCCGGAACACUCAGAAAUAACUAUUAGGGGACAAGGGAAAGUGCAUACUUGGAAACUGGGUGACUUCAGAAAAAACAACACCACAUUUUUAAAGGUCGAGCAGGUGAUGAUGAGUUGUACUAAAACGAAAAUGCCUGCAGGAGCAGCUAUAAGACUGCUGGAGAUAUUAUUAACAAUAGUAAUGAUGAUAAUGCCAUCUUUUCUUCUAAAACUUCUAAUGUUAAUUGGACACUAUUUUAAGAGAAGGAAAUGAAGACCAUUCUGAAAACCUAGCUGUAUUGAGGCACAAUUUUAACAUACUUAUUCUGGCAGAGGCAUUGAGAUCCUGUUACAGUUUAAAAAUAUUUUUGACAAGUGACUGAUAUACACGUUACAGAGUACUUGUGAAUACCUCUUCCGGAAGCCUCAUGGAAAGAAAUCUGCCUUGAGGGAAGUGGAAUUUUUUAUUUUUUGGUCAGCCAGCAGCCAUGAGCAAUGAUGUGCAAGAAUUAAGAGCAGAGGCAAACUAGAGAAAAGUUUGAAAAAAGUGGUUUUAGGAAUACAUACGGAGAAUCGGUCACCCUCAGUCAGUAGCAUUGAAUUCCAAUUCUCAACUGUCAACUUGAUUUUUUUUCUAACAGAGUGAUCUUGAUCACCAUUAUAAUCCUAAAUAUUAGUAGAAAUUCUAUUUGAAGUUCAGUUACAUUUAGACAGUUUGUCAAAUGUAAUAGAGUCCUUGAAGGCAAUUUAUUGGAUGCAUUACUAGAGUCGAUUUGUCAUUUUGGUUUGUGGGGAAUAAACGUGAGUGAUCUCAAACCGGA